UCCACUCCAAACCUUACCAGCCGUCCCUGUCUCUUCAAACUGAUUGCGCCACCGUGUAUACUCCUACCUGAAGCGAUGCCAAGUUCCAAGAAAUAGUGCGGAGAUUAUCCACUUUCAAGAACCAUGACAACCACUCUCUACCGGUUUCCUGCCAACAUUUCGACACAAUGGAUUAAAGACCUUCAGUUUUCGUCUGAAGAGUAAAGAACAACGUCUCGGAGAUAUUUGGAGACUUUUAUUAUCGCCUUCCUCCUCCCAAGCCGUGAAUGAUGAACAAUCAUCAGCGCUCGGCAUCUGGUGCUAAAGUCCCGGAUGUGAAGCUAGUGGUCAUGGGAAGGAUGGGCGUCGGUAAAUCAGCUUUGGUGGUGCGAUAUCUAACACGGAGGUUUAUCUGGGAGUAUGACCCAACUUUGGAAUUUUCAUACAAACACCAGACGUUGGUGGACGAUGACGUCGUCUCCAUGGAAAUUUUUGACACGGCGGGCCAGCUAUAUGGGGACAACCGCCGACAGUGGGAGGGUCACGUGAGAUGGGGUGACGGCUUCCUAUUGGUCUACAGCGUGACUGAUAAGCAGAGCUUCCAUGACGUCGGCAGGAUGAAAGAGUUUCUGGACGAGGCGAAGAAACCUCGCAACGUCACCGCCGUCAUACUGGCCAACAAAAUGGACCUGAACCACGAGAGAUGUAUCACCACGGACGAGGGGGAAAAACUCGCACAGGAGUUGUCGUGUGGAUAUUUUGAGGGGUCCGCGUUGCUAGGCGACGGCGUCAUCUCGGAAGCCAUUGAGGAACUGUGCCGGGAAGUGCGCAGGCGCAAAAUGAUGGAGAACAGAACGCGCAGGCGCAGCUCUUCCCAGAUGGCCAAGCAAGUGUUUAGCAGAGUUCUGACAAAAAUAUACAACAGUUAGAAAAGUAGGACAGCUUAUGCAAAUAUAUUUACGCCAGGUCUAGAACAUAUAUCUAUCUUAUACCAUGCAGUCUCUGCCGUGUCACAUUUUAGCCAAUUCUUUCGCAGCGCUUCGAACUGCAUCGUCAUUAUAAUGAUGAGCUCUGUUGUCGUUACUUGGAAAUUGAAUCUUUAGAACCUUGUUUUUGCCUAACAACGUCUGCCUAAAGUUGAUGAGUCUUUUGUAAGUACAAGAAACCUACUGUAUCUACUUGUAAAUAUUAAUGUCGCCACUGAUCUGAAAUGGACUAACUGUAACAUUUACAUGUACAUGUAGAUGUACAGUUCUGUACAUGUACAGU